CUCUUUCCUUUCUUUUGCUAUUUUUUAUAAAAUAGACGGUAGGAGAAGCAAUAGCAAGCAAGAAGAACGCCAACAAUUGGAUUGUAAGGGAAAAUUCAAAUUCAAUCGCUAUCCCACCCUGUCUCCCCACCUUGGUGAUUUCUCACUCUCCAGUUGCUUCACCACAGCGACAAUCUGCGAAUUCCAACCUCACAGAGUAGUUUAAGAUGUGAAGGUACAGCAACAAAACCGUAUUUGGCAGCACACCAUCAGAUUUUGGCUCAUGCAAAAGCUGUUUCAAUAUACAAGAGCAAGUACAAGCAAGGGGAACAAAUAGGUUUACUGGUGGAUUGUGAAUGGGCAGAGGCUAAUUCUGACAAAAUUGAAGAUAAAUGUGCUGCAAAAAGGCGCCUUGAUUUUCAGAUGGGACAGUAGUUUCCUGAACUCAAUUACCCUUCUUUCUUUCUAGAUGUCAAGUUAAACAUUGUUUCAUUGACCGUAUGCAAAUUAAUAGACUUGCAAUAUAGAGAUUUUAUUUGAAUUACAUAGCUCAAACAUAUAAUAAUCCCACAAUAUAUGUGACUGAAAAUGGUACCGUACUCCCCUUCUCCUAUAGCAAUAAUAAUUGAUUUAUGACUUCAAUUUAGCAUAUAUGUUUUACAUGCUGAUCUGUGGUUACCACAAUGUCAGCUGUGUGACGGUAUGUAUUAUUUUCUUGAAUCCUCAGUAACUGCUGUUCGACAGGUAUGGAUGAUGAAGAUAACAGUAGUUUGACUCUCCAUGAUGCAUUGGAUGACAAAUUGAGGGUUCACUAUUUUAAGGGAUACCUUGCAGCAUUUGCUCAGGCAAUCAAGUCAGAACCCUUUUGACCUUCUUAUUAGAUAAGAGGGUGUUAUUUACUCAUAUUUACUUUAAAAGCAAUUUUAAAUCACAUCAUAAUUGUAUUUGAGCAUUCUUGAUCUCAUGCCAAGUAAGCUGUGUUAUGUUGGUUUUUACUGGGUGAUUUACCAUUGCUAAUGCUUCUCAUUUGGUUUGCCAACAAUGACUAGUUAGAUUAGACAUAGAAACUUCAAAUGAAAUAAAGGGUGACUAAAUCAACAAUUAGAGGCAACACUCAAUGGGAAAACAAAAUAGAUAAGUGUGUUUAUCAUUUGCAUGGACAGGGAUGGAGUAGAUGUCAGGGGUUACUUUGCUUGGCCGCUAUUGGACAACUUUGAGUGGGCGCAAGGCUAUACUAAGUGCUCUGGUAUAGUUUUUGUGGAUUACAAGAAUGGUCUCACCCGGCAUCCAAAAUCUUCUGCAUAUUGGUUCUCAAAGUUCUUGAAAGGCGGUGAGAAUAAAGCUGGCAAAGAAAACUAGAUCCCUGUAGAAGUGGAUCCUCUUCCUCCCUCUUACUCAAGUCUGGGUUAUCAUAUUUGAUGCAGCUUGGUAAUACUGUAGUAGGAGAUGAUGCAUUAGGUGAGUUUGUGGAUCACGUAGAUUCCACAGGGAUGCCACUUUCUCUAUGUAGCACCUAUUAUGUUUUGUGGUCCAAAUUAAGCAUUUGAGGACACUUUGUAAUAUUACAAUAAUAUGAGGACCCUUGU